AUGGACCUUGCACAGCUUCCGGAUGUGAGCAACUGGCUUGUCACAGCGGAUAAUCCAGCUCGCCAUGAUAUAUCAGGGAUGGACCAUGAACGAUGCGCAGCUCUGCACAAUUACUUGUUACACUAUGCCUGGCUGGCUGAGGGUCGUCCUUCAGCCAGUCUGAGUAACAACACAAACACCUUCUUCACCGUUCACGGUACAGCAGCCGAGCUCGUUCGUACGCGGCUCAAUGUUUCUCUGGCGACGUUCCUUGAUACCGCCAAGCUGCCUCCCGAAGAUGUUGACUGGUUCCCAUUCUUCUUUUGGGCCGGCGGGCUCUCCGACCCAGCCUCACUCAUCGACGAAGGCCUCACCGACUUGUUCGACCAGCCAGAAGACAGCCUGGUGUGCUUGUACUUCCCCAACGUCGGUCAGGGCGGUGAAUCUGGUGGCGGCGUGCUCUACCACCAGCGCCACCACCGGGCCGCGGUAUUCAUGCAUAUGGACGACCUCGACUUUGCGUUACCCGUGGAGGCCCACAGAGAGCUCUGGCAUCCCCUUGAGACAGUGCUGUCCAACUGGAUCGGCCUGAUUCACCUUGGCAAGGUUGCAGCGUCACCUAGGGACGAGCCGGCCCUGUAUGACAGCGAGAAAAUCGGCCCCUGGGAAUGGCGGCCCUACAGCGAAGCCCAAGUCACGUCUUGCAUCAGCGCAUGGAACCGCCUGUGCGAGGCCAUCGAGGCGCGGAUGCCAUCACAGCCUCCGCCAGCCGCAGAUCCAGAGCCUCUGCUGACACCCGCCGCGCUCGAUGGAGCCUCGUUGCCUCAAGACUGCUUUUCGCGCUCGUUUCUCACCGCUGCUCGGCGGCCUCUGUUUGAUUUCGUUGCUCCCGGCCUUUUGCUGCCUCCGGCGGACACGUCUGUCUUUGCCGCCGUGCAACCCUUUAUGAAAUUGUCUCGCGGUUGUCACACCAUACCCUCCGUUUGCAUUUUCCCUGCUGCCGGCGGUGAGGAGGUUGACAUAACGGGAUUGUCAUAUCUGUUUUCCACCGGCAUUGAUGACUCAGUGCCGUCUCGUGUCCCUGCUGGCGUGUACACCGAACCAGUUGAGAGGAGUAAUUACGACUAUGCUGAGGAAGGAUUUCGGAUGUUGCUUCCGUACGGCUUCAGGGGCGAGUGGGAUGACAAUUUAUGCGCGCGGAAAAGUGAUGGAUCGGCUAUCGAAAAAAAUAACGGUACGGAGCUUUUUCAGCACGGAUACAAACCUUUUGGUGGCGACUAUUACCGGGCUCAACGGCUGGAACGCUUGUUUGAGUGUUGGUUCAAGCUUGUUGACGACGGCAUCUGGUCGGUUGGGCCACAAGGGGUAGAAGGCACCAUUGAUACUUUCAAGGAGGCUGAUACAGAGCGGUGGAAGGACUAUCUCAUCCCGCCCACUUGGUGA